AUGGAGAUGGAGGGCCACCAUCCGGGCUCUGAGAGCCCCAACCUGGACUCUCUACCCUCGGAGGCAUCAGUGAGUCAGGUGGAGGAGGUGGGGGUGGAGGUGGAGCCCAGCUCUGUGGCCAGCUCCAGCUCGGCGGUCAGCAAGAGGAGGAAGAAGAGGAGGAAGGAGCCGCGGCCCGAGUCCAUCAUCGUGUACCGCUCGGAGAUGACGGAGGCAGAGGGGGACAGGGACCAGGAGAGGCAGCCGGGGGACGAGCAGGGCUGCGAGGAUGGCCAGGACCGCGGCCUAGAGGAGGGCGCCAAGUUUCUCAACACACCUCCAGGAGACGUGGAGCAGUGGAGCUUGCCGCCAGACAGCCGCUACGUGACCCUGACGGGCACCAUCGCACGGGGCAAGAAGAAGGGCCAGAUGGUGGACAUCCACGUGACGCUGACCGAGAAGGAGCUGCGCGACAUGGCCAAGUCCAAGGAGCGACUGGACGCCGCGUGCGAGCGCGACGCCGCCUCGGGCAAGGGAGGCCGCAGCGGCGCCAUGCGCGGCUCCUGCGGCCUGGGCGUGUGCCAGGGGCCGCACGUGCUCCUGUGGAGCCUGUCCUGCGCGCCCGUGGUCUUCGUCCUCUCCUUCAUCACGUCGUUCUACUUCGGCACGAUCACCUGGUACAACGUCUUCCUGGUGUACAACGAGGAGCGGACGUUCUGGCACAAGAUCACCCUCUGCCCCUUCCUCAUCAUCUUCUACCCCAUGCUCAUCAUGGCCGUGUCAGUGUCGCUGGCCGUCUACUCGGCCGUGGUGCAGGUGUCCUGGGCGUUCGGUGAGUGGUGGCAGGCCGUGCGCGACCUGGAGAAGGGCUUCUGCGGCUGGGCGUGCGGCAAGCUGGGCCUGGAGGACUGCGCCCCCUACAGCGUGGUGGAGCUUCUGGACUCGGACACGCUGGCCGACAUCCUCCACCACGGGAAAGUGGCUCACCACGGGGAGGACUUGCAACAGACAUCGUCCGUGUAAGGUCCGGGGAUAAUGCUUACUGUGGGACUUCAAUAACGUGUGCAAACGUGUGCGCAAGGAAGCCGACAAGGGGGGACAAAGGGGUCACUUGUCCCGGGCCCAGAGAGAGAGAGGGGGCCCAGAACUGGAUCCUCAUUACAUUUUAUUGAUUGGGUUUGGGGAUGUCUUUGUCCCGGGCCCAGCCAAAGCUGUCAGCGCAGCGGCCCAGCACCACGUGCGAAUGAGAGCACAUACUUGCU